AUGGACCCUAAGGAAAUGGUUGAAGAAAAAACUCAAAGCCUCUCGAGCCACUUGCGACGACUGCUUGGACCAGCACUCGGUACGUUGAAAAAACAUAAGGCUACAUGCGACUCAAUCGGCGACUUCGAUGUGGUUACUGGAGAAACCCGAUCAAGACUUCUCAAAACGAAGGAAUAUAUCAUUGACCUUGAAGGCCCCACACAGAGCCUUACCAAAACACUGGAAAGAGUUAACAGUUACAUCGAGCAAUGGAAGGCCAUAUUAGAUCGGGCCAGCCUGGAGCAAUAUGAACUGGAGAAGAAGAUAAUGGAUGUUUUUCACGAAAAAACGAAGAUGCUUACUCUCCCGGAGGAAGCCGAGGAGAGUUUACUACGUGCACAGAAACAGCUAGCCAGAGCUCGGCUAGCAGAAAUGGAAUUGAAAUUCAACAUGGAAAACAAUGCGAGCACCGCAAACCUGACAGCGACUCAAACCUCGGUGGCAAUCCCAAUCACUAACGUGAAACUCCCGGCGCUAUCACUACCAACUUUCAACGGUGAACCAACUGCAUGGCCACAGUUCAUACAGCGGUUCCGUGGAACGAUCCACCGACGGAACGACUUGAAUGAUGUCGACAAACUCAAUUAUCUCAUUGGACUUCUGGAAGGAGACGCAAAGAAAAUGGUACAAGGGUACCAAAUCAUAGAUGAAAAUUAUUCUAUUGUCAUGGAGACAUUAGAAAAAAGGUUUGGAGAUGACAGAGUCAUUGUAAAUCAACUUAUUCAACGACUGAACACGUUGACACCGAAAGGAACAUCAAUACAUCACACCAAGGCAUACCUGCUCGAAAUGGACCAACUUCGUAAUCAAUUGAAACAAUACAAACGAUCCAUCGGAGAAGACCAAUACUGGUACCUUAUAGAGUCAAGAAUACCAAAAUACCUCGUAUACAAACUUCACGACCGAAAACGAAUAACUUCAGAGUGGAACAACGACAUUGCUACCAAUGAGCUAUUCGACAUGAUCAAGGAAGAAGAAGAAAUGACCAAGACGCGAAAGGAGAACCCCUUCCCUGUUCGAUCAUAUACUAUUCAAUCCGCGGAUCCUCCAAAGGCAAAAUUGUUACCAUGCCUGUUCUGCAAUUCGUCAUCGCAUCGUUCUUAUCAAUGCCACACCUGUCCCACAGUCAAGGAGCGGCGCGAUAAAAUCCGAGAACUUCAUCGAUGUUACCGCUGCCUACAGCCAUUCGAAAAAGCACACAACUGCGGAAAAACUUGUAGAAAGUGCAAUGGAAGCCAUAACCAACUCAUUUGCGAUGGAAAUCGACAACCAACUCCAGCUCGUCAAUUUCAGCAAGAUCGAGGAACCGGCCAGAAACCUGGAAGUAUCCCGAUGGCAACACAGCAACAGCCUCGACCAUGGUUCAAUAAUCCCAAGAACCCCAACUUCACACCAAUCAAAAAUGUUAAGACGUUCACCACCACUUGCCAGGACGAAGAACGUCAAGAGACAGCGGUGAACUGCGCAUUCAAUACUGCGCCAUCUCUGAAGGAAGAAAAGCCGACACUACCUGUAGUGCCGAUUAGAUUAACGAAUGAAGACAGUGGAGAACAACUGGAACUGAUGGCAUUUCUCGACAGCGGUUCGGAAAAGAGCUAUAUCAGGAAAGAAGCAGCUCAAAAACUUGGCCUGGAAAACAAAGGAACGAAGGAACUGUACAUCAAAGGACUUGCGGGAAUGAACCAAAGGAAGAAAGUGGACGUAGUGGAAGCGACGGUGAAUCAUACGUUACCAGUGACUCUAUUCGCUACGGAAACACUGGUCGGAAAAGUUGGGUACGCCGAACGUCAACCUGAUGGAUCGCAUAAACUUCGCACUGUGACACCAGAUUUAUUAAUUGGAUCGGACUACAUGUUCCAAUUAUUGACCGACAGUACCUGCAUCGGCCCAAAUCUGAAACAGUUUGAGACCGAUUUGGGAACCAUCAUACUUCAUCAACCACAACCUGAACGAAUUACAACAUGGACAAAACCAGCAAUCACUGGAGACAAUGAAAACUUGGAUCACCAAUUACAAUAUCUAUGGAAACUGGAAAGUUCAGCAGCAAAAGUGGCCAAAUUUCUCAUGAAGGGACUACCGCAAAUCAAGAACGUCAUCAUCUACUCAGACAGUCAAGUGGCCAUUCAACAGCUAUUAUAUGAAGACGAUCAAACCAUCUAUGUCAGAAACAGAGUACGCGAACUUCAAAGCUACAGAAAGGAGAUGGAAUUUCGCUUUAUCGAUGGAAAACUCAAUCCCGCUGACAUUGCAAGUCGCGGAGCAAAAGUAACUGAGCUUAUGCACAACGAAUUAUGGUGGAAAGGACCAGAAUUUCUACUACAGGACAUCACGGAAUGGCCUUCAACAAUGGUUGUCCCAAACCUCACAGGCAUUCCCACCGAGACGACGACAACAGCUACCGCGAAAUCCGACGAACCAGCCAGUCUCAUCACAAAAGACAUGAAUUGGAAAAAGCUGAUCAAUGUGACCAAACAUAUCAUCUGCUUCAUCAACAAAUGCCGCCCAAGUCGUACGCCAAUACCAGAAACUCCUCAAGAGGCGGGAAGGCGGCUCGUCAGAGCCGAGCAAGAAAUCUAUCCCCCCACCCCAAAAAUUCAAACGAGACGACGUCUCUACAAGGAUGACAUUGGCACGUGGCGAGUGGACACCAGACUGGCGAAUGCAGAACGAACGGAAAAUGCAAAGAACCCCAUCUGGCUACCUGUGGAGAGUCCGUUAGCCCAAAAGAUCGUUCAAUACCAUCACGAAAAUAACCAUCACCAAUCGGCGUUGGCCGUAACAUCACUAAUAAGAGAAAAUUUCUACGUCUCUUACAGGUAUGUCAAAACAAUGGUUAAGAGGUGCAUCCGAUGUCGCAUCUACAACACUCGUCCUUACGAAACUCCAAUAUUUCCUCCACUACCAACAAGUAGAACAACUACCGGAACACCAUUCGAAUCAACGGGACUGGACAUCUGUGGACCAUUACGAACAAAGGAUGGACCAGCAUACGUACUGUUACUGACCUGUCUUCGUACCAGGUCAGUACAUUUGGAGCUUACGGACUCCAUUAAGACAGAAGACAUUCUUAAUGCGAUGACCAAAUUUUGCGCUCGUAGAGGAGUUCCGCGAUAUAUCCUAAGCGACAACGCCACCUACUUUGUCGCUGGACGAAAAAUGUUUUUGGAAAAAUAUGGACACCUUCAAAACAUCACAUGGACGCACACCACACCUAACGCUCCAUGGCGCGGAGCGACCUAUGAGAGAUUGAACAGAAGUCUAAAAGAAGGAAUCAAACGUACCCUGGGACGAUCACGACCUACAUACAAAGAACUGGAAACCCUUGUCAUCGCAAUCGAAGGAACUCUUAACAAUCGUCCUCUGCUUCCGUUAUACGACGACAACGACAGUUUUCAAGCACUGCGACCAGUGGACUUCUUACGACCAAACGGAACCAGGUACGAUGAAAAUGGUGAUACAGCGAACGAAUCAAGCGAUCCAGACUUCGUGAUAAAGGCAUACAAAAUCAAUGAGCUACGACAACUUUACGACAAGUUCAAUGAAAGGCUUGACAAGUUUUGGGCACGAUGGAGAAAGGAAUACCUGGACACAUUGGCCGAUCGUGGAAACUAUCAAGAGAAGCAAACUCUCAUUCCGAAACCAGGAGAACUUGUGAUCCUGGAAGAGCCAGAACAACCGAGAGGAGAAUGGAAAAUGGCCCGGAUCAAAAGAGCAAUCAAAUCCAAAGAUGGGAUCACGAGAAACUGCGAGAUCAUCCUGCCUAAUCGGAAGACUGCAAUCCGAGCAGUCAAUUUAUUACAUCCAUUAGAAAUAGGAGGAGAAGUUGAAGGAGAAGAAUUGGACUACAAGACGAAGGAGGACCUGGAGAGAGAGCAAAAACAACCUGUUCCGGCUAGAUGUGGACGUCCAAGGCGAAACAAAUUAAUCGACUACACCCCUCUAUUAAUGUUGAUAACAUUGGUCAUUGGAGGCGUCAAUGGUCAAACGAAUCAGCCCAAGUUGUGUCUCGGGAAGACCCGAGUUCUAUGGAGGAUGCCAGAUGUGGCCAGUUGUGAUUACGACUUGUCCGUCAACAGCGACGUUGGGAAGCCAAGACGGAUAGAACUCUACAAAAGAAACACAAUCGAAUUUCAUUCUCCGGCCUAUGUAUGCCGCUUGGAGGCAAUGACCGUAAGGCAACAGACGCUGUUGAACGGCGUCCCAGAGGUUCGAGAAGAAAAAGUAAAAGGGAAGUCGAUUUACCGGACUCACAACAAAGUUAGCAUCGACCCACCAAACAGAAUCAUGACCUUCUUAAAUGGAGAAAAAGUGGAUGUCAAGAGAAACUGCCUCCUGCUGGAAACAAAAGUAUUCGCCCACUACGGGAGCCCAUCAGCAACGUCGGCAAUGGGAGACCUAUCUAGCUGCACUUAUUCCGCUGGAAUAUGCCGUACCAAGGAAAACGAAAUAUUCGUGUGGAAAGUCAACCAAACGCAAAGGUGUGAAUUUGUAAAGGCUUAUCAAGGAGUUGGCGUGGUCACCGAUAAGUCUGCUGUGAUCGAAGAUCUGCACGCCAUGGUCACAUUCAACACUACCAUUUCGAAAUUGGAUUGCAAUCAAACAAUAAUCCCAACAGAUCAAGGACUUGGAAUUCGUAUCGGUCCCCCAAUCAAAAUUCGUGGAAUUCAAGACGAGACUCCUGACUUACCAACGCCGGCGCCGUUUAUCCAGCCAAAGGAUCUACCAACAAUGCCAACAACUACACUUCGGCCAACGAGUCGACCGACGACUACACGGACAACCCCAAUACGUACAGAACCUCCGCGAAGAACUACAACGACAGCACCAACGAAAACAACACGUACAACGACAACGAAGACAACUCGUACAACUACAACUGGAAAAGGAUCUGGAAAUCCUUCACAGAUGUUUGGUUUAAUGGAGUUGCUAAGGGGAGCAACCAAGGAGGACAUGAUGGCAAAAGGAUACGACGAGGAAACCAUUGACAAUUUCCUCGCUAAAAUGAAGCCAAGAUGGUCACGACAAGCAAAUUUGGAUGUAUCCGAUGAGGAAUCGUCGGAUUUGCAGUUUGCCGAAUACUACACCCUCAAGCAAAUGCGACAUCUGGCAAGAGCGAUGUGUGCCAUGCUGCGUGAACAUUCAACGAGGAUUCGAGAAAUCAUAUCCAUCAAUCCGACUGUUACUAUGCAGAGACUGCUGAACCGGACGAACAUUGUAGCCAACCGUUUGAGCGACGAUAUCGUUGAAGUUGAGAUGUGCCACAGUCUGAACAAGAAGGAGUACCAAUUCAAACCCAGUCCCGACGAAUGCGUAAUACCCAUCAGGAUCAACCAAUACAACACAACAUUGUUCCUAAAUCGUCACACGCAAAUUCUCCACCGUUCAAAGGAAACUGCAAAAGAAGAAAAUUGUGGACCUACAAUGAAUGUAAUCAUCGACGGCCAAGUCUACGAGUACAACAGGAUGACGGGAAAGACAACGCCAAUUAAAGAACAAGCUAAGCAAGUGAAACUUGAAGAAAAGGACCAAUGGCAUUUUCUGGACCAACAAUACAUCUUCAAAGACAUCAUACUCCACAAAAGCAACGUGUUCCAAGAAGAGAUCUUGGAAGAAAUGGAGAAAGCUGUUAGUACGGAGUCAGAAAUAUUGGUCCAAGACCAAAGCGUGCUCGAGCACCAUGAUUUAAGGUCGGAAAUUCUCGACAGUUGGGGAUUACUUUGGACAAUAUGGUACUAUGCAAAGAUGGUAUGGUUUGUAUGGGUGACAAUCUCGUGUGUACUCCAAACAUAUGGAACUGUCUACGCAAUCUUGGGUUACUACAAGCAACGGCAACCACAACCGCAAAACCCACCUCCGGCACAGCCACAGGCCAUGGAAAUGGUGACGUUCUCAGUGCAUGGAAGUCCUCAAUUACACAUUCGAAGACCAUUUCGGACCGAGGAUCAGACACGACCAGGUUUGACGGAAUCUCUUCUUCCUUAG